AUGUCGCUGCCUACGAAGCACUUCGACGUUCUCAUACUUGGAACAGGCUUAGCACAGUCGAUUCUGUCCGCCGCAUUAGCAAAAGCUGGUCGAUCAGUGCUGCAUGUAGACUCGAAUGACUACUACGGCGGAGAUUGUGCCAGUCUCUCGCUCGGCGAGCUAGUCGAUCACGUGGAGCGCACCGCCGAGUCCAAAAAGGCUAGCAGCUCAACGGCAUGGAUCAAUUUCCCCUCGCAUGUCCCAGAAGCUGCCCAGGAAGCAUCCAGAUCCCCCGCAGCAAAGAUCCCUGAAGAUCUAAGAAAAUUGGACAGGCACUACUCGCUCUCCCUAUCCCCCAGCUUGUUGCCGGCUUCGGGCGAAGCCAUUGAUGUCCUAGUGCGCUCUGGAGUCGCCUCAUACGCCACUUUUCGGUUACUAGAAAGCACGACGGUCUACAUUCCAAGCGCCACAUCCGCAAGUCCAUCUGCAGUGUCGCAGCUACGAACCGUACCCUGUUCAAAGGAAGACGUGUUCAAAGAUCGAGCCUUGUCUUUGCCCGACAAGCGCCGCAUAAUGAAGCUUCUCAUGAACGUGGCGCAAGCCAGCUCAGUCGCCGAUGUAGUCGAGUCCGACGCAUACGAAGAACCCUUCUUGUCUUACCUGCAAGGCAAGCACGGUCUAUCAGAUGCCGUCGCGCAGACUCUGGCGUACGGAGUAGCGCUAUGCUCGCAUCCGGAUGAGCCAACGAAAGAAGCAUUGACGAGAGCAAAACAGCAUCUAUCCGGCAUUGGCCGGUUUGGCAAUUCCUCCUACUUGGUAGGUCAGUAUGGCGGAGCUGGCGAGCUGGCUCAAAGCUACUGUCGAGCUGCAGCCGUAUACGGAGCCAUCUACAUCUUGGGUCAUGAGCUCAGCGACAUGAAGCCAGCUCAGGGCUUCGAGCGUGCACAACAGGGAAUCAAUGGUGAUUCUCGAGCCGCAGAGACAAAUCAAACGUCAGACGGGCCAACGCAGUCCUGGGACUUUGGCUUGAAGGACCUGCCUGAAGAAGGACGUUUGACAGCCGAUUGGGUCGUGGGCGAACCCAAUACGCUCACGACGUUGAUUCCUUGCCAGUAUGAUGACGACGCCUCCGUCAACGCGACAUCGCAGAAGCCGAGUCUGCUAACUGCGACACCUAACGCUAAGAGCCUGGAGGCAAUCAUAGUCCUUGAUCGGCCAAUCGCUUUGCAGAAUUCUCCUACCAGUACAAAUGCAAAUGAGACUCAGGGGCGAAGCGAAAUCACCGCGGCGCCGCUGCCACCUGAGACAGCUCUUGUGGUAUUUCCUCCUGCCUCCCUCGUGCCACAUCAUGGAUCGGCUGUCACAGCACUCAUGAUGGGCGAAGGGACGUUCAGCUGUCCAAAAGGCCAAUACGUCUACUACCUCAGUACCAACAUUGCCUCUGCAGCAGGGCCAGGUGCAGGACGAGAAGUGUUUGAAGCAACUAAGCGAGCACUUUGCCAGCUUGCCGCUUCUUCGACAGCGGAAUCUGGAACGGAGGCAAGCGACUGGGAGAGCAGGCACGAGCGCACUGAUCGGCCAGAAGAGGUGGUGCCUCUGGUUGAGUGCUUCAGAUGCUCGCCAACCGAUUCCGCCAUCGAUCUCGCCAGAUAUCCUCGCCUCGUUCCGGUGCCGAGUGCUCGACAUCAAGCGUCUGGAGCGGGAAAGAUUACCAAUCUGUCCACCUGGCUCGACCUGGCUACAUCGCAAGCCGAAAGUCUCUUCUGGACCAUCGAGGGUGUGGAGAAGCGACAGGCGGCGGAAAAGAACGUGGAAGCGAGGAGGAGGAGGAGAGAUCCGGCGGAGUAUGUCGGUAGGGUUGGAGCUACUGAAAAAGACGAGGCGGACGAAGACGAGCAAGUGGUGGAGUUCUUUCAGCCGAAAAGGACUCGAGAAGAACAGGACGAAGAAGAAUAG